AUGAAAGCUGUGGUGUGGAGCUUGUAUGCCAUGUUGUGUCUGUGGGCUUGGGGCAGGGUCCACAGCCGGAAAAGGGAAGCCCCAUCACGGAGAAAAAGGGGUGUUGAAGACGAGGACUCGGUCAAAUGCUCAUACACAUUCCUUGUCCCUGAGAAGAAGAUCACAGGCCCCAUCUGCGCCAGUUCCAUGGCACCUGGUGAUGACAAGGAUCGUGUGACGCGCCUGGACAUUGCUGACGUACGUGAUGUGCUUUCCAGGCAGCGGCGUGAGAUUGAGAUGCUGCAGCUGAUGGUCGAUGUGGACGGUGGUCUUGUGAAUGAAGUGAAGCUGCUGCGGAAGGAGAGCCGUAACAUGAACUCACGCGUCACGCAGCUCUACACACAGCUUCUGCACGAGAUCAUCCGCAAGCGCGACAACUCACUGGACCAAGCACGGCUUGAGAACCGCAUCCUCAAUGCCACAGCUGAGAUGCUGCGCCUUGCUGCUCGCUACAAGGAGCUAGAGAUGCGCUUCUCAGCACUAGCUGCUGUGGUCAACAACCAAUCAGUGCUGAUUCAUGAGCUAGAAGAGCAGUGUCUGCGCACUUAUGGCCGCCACGAGCCACCAGCUGGGCCCCCACUGGUGCAGGUAGUGCCUGAGAAUUUGCCCGUCAACACAUUCACCAAUGAGAUCCAGAGGGACCAUAAUCGGGGGUUUGCCCGUGGCUCACGCAUGGACUCAAUCCCCACCAGCAGCCCACUGGGCUUUCCACUGCCACCACAGGGAAAUUUCAGCUCUGAGGGGCCAUUUCGUGACUGCUACCAGGCACUGCAAGCAGGCCACUCCACCAGUGGAAUGUACCUUCUGAAAGCUGAUGGCAGUGAGCGGCCAACGCAGGCAUGGUGCGAGCACGGCCUGGACAAUGGUGGAUGGACAGUCAUACAACGGCGAAGGGAUGGAUCAGUCAACUUCUUCAGGAACUGGGAAGGCUACAAGAAAGGAUUUGGCAACAUAGACAACGAGUACUGGCUGGGCUUGGAGAACAUCUAUAACCUUGCUAGGCAGGGGGACUACCGUCUGAUGGUGGAGCUGGAGGACUGGGUGGGGAAGAAGGUCUAUGCUGAAUACAGCAGUUUCCGUCUGGAAUCUGAGAGUGAGUUCUACAGAUUGCGGCUGGGAACCUACCAGGGCAAUGCUGGAAACUCACUCAUCAGCCACAAUGGCAAGCCAUUUACUACACUGGACCGCGACAAGGAUGCUUUCUCAGGUAACUGUGCACACUUCCACAAGGGAGGCUGGUGGUACAACGCCUGCGGCCAGACCAACUUAAAUGGAGUGUGGUAUUCAGGGGGAGUCUACAGGAGCAGGUUUCAGGAUGGCAUCUUCUGGGCUGACUACGGAGGUGGCUUUUACUCACUGAAGGCAGUGCGGAUGAUGAUUCGGCCCAUAGACUGAAACCAGAUGGGCUGGUGCGCCAGCUUUUUUCCUUGUGGCUUUGACCUCCUAUUCCCUCUAGGGUUUCUGUGGAGUAUAGACUAUAACUCCUAUGAGCCUUUUUGAGCACCUUCCUGAUAUGCCAUGAAAACUCAGAAGAAUGGCACAGCAUGAGCCCAAUUAGUGACCAAUCCUGGAUUCACUUCAGUUAGCAUUAUGCUAAUGAAAAGUACCCUAGACGUUCCCCACAGAGAUCUUUACUGCAAUGUACAGACAGACAGCAGCUUUCUAGUG